CCUGGCUUCUCUCUCCUCCUCUGCUGCUCCUCGGGAUGUGUGUGAGUGUUCUGCCACGGAUGCCGAGGACGAGGAUGCGGGACAGGCCAGCCUCACGCCAGCUCAGGUGAUCAUGCUUCAUCAUAACAGCCUCAGAGGAACAAACGCAGUGAGCCCGAUGACAGCUGAGAAAGAUGCAUCCUUCUGAGGUCUGUCUGGACCAGAACGGGUCCGUGAGGAGAUAGCGAUGGCAAAGAGGGACUACCUGGUGGAGGCCGCCAAGCAGAUCCGCAUGGCGCUGGACAGCGAGGUCAACGAAGACUACGAGGCAGCCUUUAGCUACUACAAGAACGGGGUGGACUUGCUGCUGAAUGGGGUUCAAUUGGACCCAAACAAGGAGCGCCGCGAGGCUGUGAAGAGGAAGACCACCCAGUACUUGAAGAGAGCCGAAGAAAUCUUCAUCACACACCUUCACGACAACCUGGGGAAGGGCAGCUCACAUUUAGGGGGUUACAGCAGCCUGAGGUUCCGUCCAGUGCGACACUUGAGCUCACCGGUGGAGGAUCUGGAGAUGUGUAAAGUGGUAGGCGUGAGUGACAAGGUGCUGAUCGUCCAGAGCAUGGUCAACAAGGAGACGUUUGUUGUCAAGAGUCUGAUGAAGUCCAGUUGGGAGAGCAGAGAGCAGCCCACCAUCAUUCCUCAAGGGGUGCCGUACAUGGUCAAGCUGCUGCGCUACUACGUCAGCGAGGACGCCGUCUAUCUGCACCUGGAGCACGUCAAAGGUGGUCGACUCUUCUCCAGGCUGCACAAGCUGAGGCAUGAGAAGUCCAAGGAGCACCCCGAGUGCACCACCCCUGGCCAGCAUAACAACAAGCUGAAGACCAGCCACACCUCCCCAAACAUCAGCAACGACCUCCAGUCCAUCAGCAGGAAUGCGGCGCUGCACUCCCCGAAACGCAUCGAUGAAAGCCCCGAUGCGGAAUAUCCCAAUUCCUGGGAUGAGACGCAGCAGCGGCUGGAGAGCUGCGGGACUCACUCGUACAUCGAGGAGACGGGCUGUUUGCAAAACACCCGCUCUGCCGCGACCUUUUACACCAAGCUGGACCGACUCACCCUGGUCUCCGGGUCUGUGAAGGCGCAGCUCAGCGCCCGCAUCCACCCACCAGCUCCGACUUUGUGUUUACACGCCGGGGAAUCUCAGGAAGCGCCCGCUUUGCCUCUGUCCUGCGCCCGAGUUAGCCAGGCUCUGGGAGCCAUGUCAGAGCGCCGUGAGAAAAAAGUCAAAGCGGGGAUGGGGCUGCUGGAGUGCAGCAGCAAUUUCGAGGCGGCGUGGAAAGCCGCCGAGCCAGCACAAAAAGGUGCCAAGACCAACCUCUAUGCAGUCACCGAUUUGAACAACACGUUCGGACACACCAGGACCUCAUUAGCACUCAACACUGGCAGCAAUGGGCUCAGUUCUUCACCCGCCAUUUUGCACCUCCCUCUACAUUGUCAAACACAGGUCCGGGGAAAGGCGUCUUGGGACAACACGUCGCACCAUCAAGGGUCGAGUUUAAGCGACAGCUCUCCCAGUGAGGUAGUUGACCUGGCGCAACAAAGCAAAGACACAAAGGUAGAAGGCAUCAGCCCCAUCUCCGAGGACAGGAACGGGAUCAUCGUCCUCAGUAGCACAGACAGAGCCGUCUUCUCGGACCAUGAGCUCCAAACUCCUUGGCCUCCUUUGAACUCUAUUCACUCGAGCACUACCAAGAAAUUUGAACUCCCAAAUCCCAGUGGAAGCGGAGCUAUCAGCCCAAAAGGGGAGGGGCUACCUCAACAUGCUGACUCCUCCUGCCUUCAGAAGACAGGCGUCUCAGCAGGGCAGGUGGACGAUCAGAUCAUUGAGGUCGACGGUUGGUGCCACCUACCUCGGAUACCGCAGAAACCCCCCACGCCGGUGCAGGCUUGGUGGGGGCUUCCCGAAGCUGAGGUACGGGUCUGGGGGGCUCAGAUCCUGCUGGCCCUGGAGAGUCUACACCAGCAAGGCAUUCUGUGCCGCGACCUCAGCCCGAGAAACGUACUGCUCACCAGCAACGGGAAGGUGUGCUUGACUUUCUUCGGCCAGUGGAGCGAAGUUCAGUCUGACGUGUGCUCCAAAGCAAUGGAACAGAUGUACACAGCGCCAGAGAUCGGAGGUGUGUCCAGAGUCACGGAAGCUUGUGAUUGGUGGAGUCUUGGGGCGCUGUUGUUCGAACUUCUGACGGGGAUGCCCCUGUGGCAGCUUCACCCGGCGGGAAUCCACUCGCACACCCAGCUGAUCAUCCCCGACCACCUGAGUGCUGCCGCGGCAUCUUUGCUUACGGAGCUGCUGCAGUUUGAUGCCGGUUACCGCCUUGGUUCUGGUGGGGGAGGAGUCAGUGACAUCAAGUGUCACCCCUUCUUCAGCAGCAUCUCCUGGAAGGCUCUCAGCUGUUAGCAUCUGCAACCAUGAACAACAGAUGUUGCUUUGUGCUUCCCAGACAAGAAUAAAAAUCACUAUCCUCAAUGAAUGCUUCGCUUGCC